AUGUUUUUAUCACCUUUGAUCAGGCAUUUACACUCCACGAAAAAACUUUCCAGAAAAGUUAACACCCAACUAAAGCAAAACACAGUCGGAAGAUUAUUUGCAGUCAUCAUGGUAGCUGGGAAACAAAGAAAAAUAACCAACGAAGACAUCAUAGUCUUAGACAAGCCUAUAGAAGCACAGACUGGGGAAAAAAUACUGCUUAAUAAGGUAUUAUUAGUUGGGGGCAGCGAUUUCACAUUAAUUGGUAGGCCUCUUCUCAAGCCAAAUAUGGUGAAGGUUGAAGCGACAGUGAUAGAGAAACCAUUAUCGCACCCCAUAGUAAUGUUUUGGUACAGGAGGAGAGAAAAUUUCAGAUUUUUCAAAUUACGAAAGAUCAAUUACACUUACCUUAGAAUAAAUGACAUCAAGCUCUUUGAAUUGCCCGCUUAA